AUGCCAUCCACAGGCCACGACACAACAACAGAGAAAUUCGACGAACUGGCCACUGCCCCAAUAAUACAACACGAUGGCAUUCAGCCACUGGAUGAUCUCUUGUAUCAACUGCAAAUUGAGAUGGAAGGCCGAAGGAAAGGCACCGAAUUGUUUCUGGCAAAUAGCAAAGCACUGAUCAACGCAGGUUUGUUCGUCAAUGACGCAGCCGACGUGAUCCGUGAUGGCAGGGAACCAUUCUUAAAGAUAUUCUCGCUACCACUAUCAUUUUUAUUAAGUGCAACUGGCCAUACUGCAACCGCAAGCUUACUCAGACAGUUCGGCAUAACAAGUAUCACAAAUAUUCUCGGACAAUAG